AUGAGGGGAUUUCCUGGCAGAUCCGGUUUUGGAGGGGUUGCUGGGCCUACUCAGGCCUGGGGGCUGGUGUGCGUGGCACAGCCGUGCCCUUCCCCAGCCCCACGAAGGCCCCUGGAGGGUGAAGAGGUGCUGGGGCCGCCGGGGGUGAAGCACCGCCGCGGUGCAGUGUUGUGGCAGACUGGGCGCAAAGGCCACGGGGCGUUUUGGGACCCCAAGGACAGCCUUGGCUGUGGGAGGCUUGCCUCGCCUCGCCUCACCUCAGCUCCGCGCUAUGGCAGCCCGGUGGGAGCAUGGCCUGUCCCCUGUGAGCAGGCCAGCCCUUCCUCCAGAAACGUCACGGUGAGGGGAGGCUGGCAUCCAAAACUUUGGGGCUCCAGCCCCGUGGGGGCCAGCAGCGGCAAGUGGCACCGGGAGGGCAUGGGCAGCGCUCCAGGAGGCUUCUCAAAACCCAAGACUGCAGAUGGUAAAUAUAUUUCCCCAUUUCAUGACAUUCCACUGUUUGCUGGACCUAAAGAGGAUAAAGAGAUUCCUGCAAAGAGGUCAAAGACUACUGGAAAUGAGGUCGUGUUUAAUAUGAUUGUAGAAGUGCCUCGUUGGACAAACGCAAAAAUGGAGAUUGCCACUGAGGAGCCAUUGAAUCCCAUUAAACAAGAUAUAAAGAAAGGCAAGCUUCGAUAUGUGGCAAAUAUCUUUCCUCAUAAGGGUUAUAUAUGGAAUUAUGGUGCCCUCCCACAGACCUGGGAAGACCCAAACCAUACGGAUAACGUUACAGGAUGUUGUGGGGAUAAUGAUCCUAUUGAUGUUUGUGAAAUAGGUUCAAAGAUUCGUUCUUCUGGGGAGAUUGUUCAGGUGAAGGUCUUGGGUGUUUUAGCUCUCGUUGAUGAAGGAGAGACAGAUUGGAAGAUAAUUGCUAUCAGUGUGGAUGAUCCAGAAGCUCAGAAAAUCCAUGAUAUUGAUGACGUCAAGAAGCACAAACCAGGUUACCUUGAGGCUACGGUUGACUGGUUCCGAUUAUAUAAAGUCCCUGAUGGUAAACCGGAAAAUCAGUUCGCUUUUAAUGGAGAAUUUAAAGACAAGGAUUUUGCUGUUGAAAUUAUUAAAUCCACCCAUGAAUACUGGAAAGCUUUGCUUCAUAAAAAAGCUGAUGGAGGUACUAUUAAGUGCACAAAUGUUCUGGUGAGUGGCAGCCCAUUUUGUUGCAGUGAGGAGGAUGCCCGAUCAAUUGUGCAGUCGGCACCAGUGUGUGUGAAUGGAGAUUCUGUUUCCCCAGAAGUUGAUUCCUGGCACUUCUUUCCCAAGUGAUCAUCAAAGUGUUCUGAAGCUGCAUCAUCAAAUCUUGAAGUCGUCCCUGUUUUGAAGACAGGCGAAAGCAUUAAUUGUUGGGUUCCUGUUGAAACAACUUUUCAGCUUGUGUAAACUUUCUCUCGUGUAAAUAAACACUGCCAUUAUAAAAUGAA